GUACACGAUUAAAAACAGUUUGAAAAGAAAUUCGGUGUCAAAUAUUUUGUUAAUUUAAGAGAAUCGCAGAUCAAUAUUGAUUUGAAAGACAUUUUUCUCGUGUUCUUCGGAUAAACAGUUUUUUGUUCACUUCAGUUAUUAUUUUAACACAAUACAAACUAAGAAAAUGGGUUUCCCAUUAGUGCAAUAUUGUUGCUGCUGCAUAAAUCUUAAAAUUGGCGCAAUUAUUUCCGCUAUGAUAACAAUUAUGUGGAAUUUGUUGGAGGUUGGUUCUGGCAUUGCAAUUAUAGUUCGUAGUGAUUUGUAUUCAUCUUAUGGAUAUGUUGCAAUUAUACCGAUGUUUUCCAUUGCAAUUUUCCUUCUGUUUAUAUUUGCCGUUGUAAAGGAGAAGCCUCUCUUAAUAAUUCCUUCAUUGGUGUGGACAGCUAUAUGCAUCUUGUUCCAUAUUCUUACUCCAAUUGUUUUGGUCAUUCUACGUAUGACAUUUGACUUCAAAAUUAAGGAUCCGCUAUGGGCCGUACAGAUAAAAACUAUUUUGAUUAUCGCCUGUGUUAUACAGUUUAUUCUUGUAGUGUGGCAUGCAUAUUUUUGGAUUAUUCAAUUUUCUUCCCAUGAACUUUUCAAGAAGUCUAAUAAGUCAGAUGAAAAUGAUAUCAGCGAUAAUGAUAUGGUGAUUUAAAAUGCCUCGAGA